CUUUAAUUAAAAGGGCAACCCCGCAAAAAGAUCAUGCUACUAAACUGUGUGCUCUUGCUCACUCUUUAGUUCCAGUACUAAAAGGGUAAUCAAUUAAGCAAAUGCGCCCGCGCGGAAAUGCAUUUCUUCUCGUGCGGUAACUUGACUUAAGCUUGGCUAAUUUCCGUCAUAAGCGAUAAAGUGCAUUUAUCCGUUACCAUACAAGAUCAUGACAUGGUUACCAACAUGGCUACAGUCUAAGCCAAAGGCAGACACACAAGCAAGAGACAGCGGGGCAAUACAGAACACAAGCGCAUCAUCAUCAACAAGCACCCUCCCAGCUACUGAAGUGCAAACAGAGAUCAUUACUCCACAAACGACCUCCUCGCAAUACGAUAUGAACGAAGAGCAAGAAGAUUUCUUUAGACAUGGUCCAGAGAUGGCAAUUCCAAUGACAGGCGCUACUUUGGGCUUCGUUGCUGGCUUUUACACUGCUGCCACACGAUCAGGAUUGGUAUUCAUGGCAGAGAAUGCACAUAGAAGGCCAAAUACAGUACAAGGAUGGUACUUUUACAACAAAACAAAGAACUACAAAGUGCUGCUAGGAGGAGCAAAGGGUGGCGCAAAAGCGGGCCUGCGUGUUGGAUUAUGGACAUUUGCAUACAUUGCCAUCGAGCAAGGUGUAGAAAAGGUACGCAAUUCCUACAUACAAUCGCAGAACAUACAUCCAAGAUGGAAUGGAAGAUGGAUAGACGGUGCAACUGCAGGUCUGGGAAUAGCAACAGGUGCAUCUAUAUUAUGUGAGUGGCUAUCAAACCAAAGAGUAUAUGCACUCAUACUGACAUCUUCUUCUCUCAAUCAGAUCGCUUACCGGGACAGAUAGCUAGACGAUCACUGCUGCUUGGAACGCUAGCAGGAGCAUCAGUUGGAGGACUAAGACAGCUUCAAGGUGAAUUAGCAGAUGCGAAACUGCAAGAAGCA